AUUGAAGUUAAUUAAGUGUACAAAAACAAAUUUGCAACAAAAAUCGUCCAUUAUUUUUUCGGGUAAUUGAGUAAAAAUGGAAGGACGCAACAAUGUAUUGCUUCCUCUAGCGGCUCUACUUACCCUUGUGGCGGGUUCCAUGAUCGGAAAUGUGGAAGGUGCGGUGACGGUUCCCCGGUUGACCCGGCAAUACUACAAGAAGACAAACACUUGUGCAAAUGCUGAGGCAUUUGUGAAAUAUCAAGUACAAAAGUUUUGGGAGCAAGAUAAGACCAUCACACCCAAACUUCUUAGGUUACUUUACUCUGAUUGUAUGGUCACCGGAUGUGACGGGUCGAUUCUGUUGGAUGGAGCAGACUCGGAGAAAACAGCACCUCAAAAUACAGGACUUGGGGGAUUUGUAUUUAUUGAUCAAAUAAAACGGGUCCUGGAUGCAAGAUGUCCAGGAGCCGUUUCUUGUACUGACAUCCUUCAUCUUGCUACCAGAGAUGCUGUCAGCAUGGCUGGUGGUCCAUCGUACAUUGUUCUUACUGGAAGAAGGGAUGGGCUUUCUUCAAAGGCUUCAUCUGUGGAUCUGCCUUCUCCAUACACUUCAUGGGUAGAUGCAUUAGCUUAUUUUGAAAAACGAAAUCUUAAUGUUCAGGAUUUCACAACGCUCUUAGGAGCACAUUCGAUGGGGAAGGCAAGAUGUCGUUACGUUCGUGAUCGUCUAUACAACUUUAAAGGCACAGGAAAGCCAGAUCCAAGCCUAGACUCUAGGAAACUACAAGAGCUAAGGAAUCAAUGUCCAGAGAAGUACACGAAGGGUGAACAUGAACAACUAGUACUCCUAGACAAGGACUUGGGUGGCUACAAGUUCACAAGUUCUUACUACAAUAACAUCUUGGAAAACAAGGCUGUGUUAGCAAUUGAUCAAGACCUGUCGAAUGGGAACGAAACGUUAUCGCUUACUGAACAAUUUGCAUCCCCUGAUGCUGGUUUUGCGGACUUCAAGAAGGCUUUCGCGCUAUCGAUGUAUCGAUUGGGGAACUACAAUGUGUUAACUGGACAACAAGGGGAGAUCAGGAAGAACUGUCACUAUACAAAUAGCAAUAAUCCCUAUUAGGGUUGUUCAUGAAAAAAAUAAUGUUGAAUUUAAAUAUAGAAUUAUAUUGUUUUUAAAUAAUGUGUGUAUUUGUAAUUCUAUUAAUAAAUGAGGUGCAAAAAGUGUAUAAUUAAUGUGCGAUGUAUAUAAGUUCAUUUUUGUCUAAA